GAAGAACCUCAGAAUUCUUAUACACAGUUAAUUUGGACACAGGUUACUGUCAGAGUCUAUUAUUGCAGCUCCAUUUAUCGAAUCUACCAUAGAAGAUUCCAAGAACUGUUUGAUAUACAUCUACACUACAGAAGAUUCCAAAAAUGCUUUAGCUUAGCUUUGAGUUAAUUGAUUUAUUUGUAGUCCCACUCAGUUCAUCCUCCGACUUCUUCUCAGAUCAGCACGCCCUCUAGAACUUGCACUUUCCUUUUUCUGUUUGAAAUUCUGUACCCUUUUGACUCCAGAAUGUCAUUAUUUUUGUUGCAGUUUAUUCCAGAUAUCGGGUUUGGGGCAAUGCGAGUUUUUAUGGCUCUGCUGAUGGUAUUCUGGGCUCUGGUGAGCCUUGAAGGGGUGAUAUCACAUGGAGUUCAGCCUCUUUCGAGAAUUGCCAUUCACAAGACUGUUUUUGCUAUUGAUAAUGAUGCUUACAUUAAAGCCUCUCCAUCAAUUCUAGGAAUUAAUGAGCAAAACAAAGAAUGGGUGACUUUGAAAUAUGAAAACCCAAGGCCAUCGAAUGAUGAUUGGAUUGGAGUAUUUUCUCCGUCUAAUUUUAGCUCAUCUACCUGCCUCCCUGAAAAUCCACGAGUGGGCUCUCCAUUUUUGUGUACUGCACCUAUAAAGUAUCAAUUUGCUAACUACACCAGCCCAAAGUAUAAGCAUACGGGAAAAGGAUCUUUGAGGUUUCAGUUGAUUAACCAAAGAUCCGACUUUUCAUUUGGAUUAUUUUCUGGUGGAGUUUUAAAUCCGAAGUUCGUGGCAUUGUCAAAUACAAUUGCCUUUGCUAAUCCAAACGCACCAGUAUACCCACGCUUAGCACAAGGAAAAACAUGGAAUGAAAUGACUGUGACCUGGACAAGUGGAUAUGAUAUCAGUGAGGCAGAGCCUUUUGUCGAAUGGGGUCCGAAAGGAGAAAAACAAAAACGUUCUCCAGCUGUUACACUCACUUUUGAUCGUAACAGCAUGUGUGGUGCACCAGCUAGAACUGUCGGAUGGCGCGAUCCUGGAUUCAUUCAUACUGGUUUUCUGAAGGAGUUAUGGCCCAAUUCAGUGUACACCUACAAAUUGGGCCAUAAGUUGUUCAAUGGUUCAUACAUAUGGACUCGGACUUACAAAUUCAAAGCAUCUCCUUAUCCCGGUCAAAACUCUUUGCAACGAGUUGUCAUUUUUGGUGACAUGGGAAAGGAUGAAUAUGAUGGCUCAAAUGAGUAUAAUAAUUUUCAACGUGGCUCCCUUAACACUACCAAGCAACUUAUCGAUGACUUGAAGAACAUUGAUAUAGUCUUCCACAUUGGAGAUAUCUGUUAUGCUAAUGGAUAUGUUUCACAGUGGGAUCAGUUUACUUCUCAGAUUGAGCCAAUUGCUUCGAGUGUACCUUACAUGAUUGCAAGUGGCAACCAUGAGCGAGACUGGCCUGGGACAGGGUCAUUCUAUGGGAACAUGGAUUCAGGCGGAGAAUGUGGUGUCUUGGCUGAAACUAUGUUUUUUGUUCCUGCUGAAAACCGAGAUAAAUUCUGGUAUUCAACUGACUAUGGAAUGUUCCACUUCUGCAUAGCCGACACAGAACAGGACUGGAGAGAGGGAACUGAGCAAUAUAAAUUCAUCGAGCACUGUUUGGCGUCUGUAGAUAGACAAAAGCAACCUUGGCUGAUAUUCCUUGCACAUCGGGUUUUGGGUUAUUCUUCAGAUUAUUCCUAUGCAAUCGAAGGAUCUUUUGCAGAACCAAUGGGGAGAGAACUUCAGAAACUUUGGCAGAAGUAUAAAGUCGAUAUAGCCAUGUUUGGACACGUUCAUAAUUAUGAAAGGACUUGUCCUGUUUACCAGAACAUCUGUACAAAUAAGGAGAAGAACUUCUAUAAGGGCUCCUUAAACGGAACAAUACACGUAGCUGCUGGGGGAGGAGGAGCAAGCCUUUCUGAGUUCACAACCAUCAAACCGAAUUGGAGUAUUUACCGAGAUUUUGAUUAUGGGUUCGUGAAACUGACAGCAUUCGACCAUUCAAACCUGCUGUUCGAGUACAAAAAAAGCAGAGAUGGUAAAGUUUACGAUUCUUUCAGGAUAUCCCGGGAUUAUAGAGACAUCUUGGCCUGCACUAUCGAUAGCUGUCCUAGUAUGACCCUGGCUUCUUAACUUGCAUGUUGGAGGGAUUUUGAAUUGAUUCGCAUGUUUCGUACCUUUGAAGGCAUACGAAUCCCAUCUUUGCAUCAGAAAAAGAAGGGCUAGAAAAAGUUCAUUUAGUUGCAAUGCAGUUUAUAUAUGUUGUUGUGCUGAGAAAAAGAGAGGAGUGAAAAAGAAUAACUAGUUUGAAUCAUGUGCUGUAAUUUUAUAUUGAUACAGUUUAAUUGACAUACAAGUGAUUUAAUUGCAAAUUCUCUCAAGUUAAGUAAUUAUAAAAGCUAGCAAAUUAAUUUCAUGU